AUGGCAACGCAGCAUCCUGCCGCUACAGGGCCAACCGUCCUCGUCCAAGCUCGCCCCCGUGACUCCGAGCGCCGCGAUCAUGUUCGCCUCGACCUCGCAACAGUCUCUUCCCUCUAUCACCUCAGGCAGAUCGAAGCUGCUCAGUUCUUGGGCAUCUCGCUGACGUCACUCAAGAGCGCAUGCCGGAGACUAGGUGUAGAGCGAUGGCCUUACCGGAGGGAGACAGCACAGGAAGCUGUAGAAGUUGUACCGGACAGAGACGAUGGAGUAGGUCCAGCCUUCGAGGAUGCUGGGGGGGUUGGACUGGAACCGCAGGAAGAAGGCGAAAAUGGGGUGGAGGAAGGGAGCGAGAUGGAAGGAGGAUGGCUUGAGUGGUACAUGUCUUUUCCCCUGGGAGGAACUGACGAUGAUAAUGUUGAGAAUAGCGGGCAGCAGAUCUCUCUAGGAGCAAACCUGCACAGGAGCCAAGAAAGCCAGGGGGGAGAAGGGGAGGCAUGUGUGAUGGGAGCCAUUCAUCUAUAG